AUGCAAAGAUAACCACUCUCAUAGAUUGACUAUAAUUAAGAUAAUAGAGGAGCGACACCUAAAAAUGCACAAUUCAAAACUAACACUCUUCAUAGCGAUUAUAAAAGCAAUCAAAAUUAUAAUGUUUAAUUCAAAGUUAAACCGCAGAUCUAAGAACAACAGAAUUCAAUAAUAAUGAGUCCAGCUCCUCUACGUCGGAACACAAUUCAGCAACUCGUAACUUCACCAUUACGAAAAAAUUACAGCUAGAAACACAUCGAAAUCCACUCUCCAGGAUAUCGAGGUAUCUCACAGCAACCUAGAACCAAUCAUUUAUUAACAGAAGUGCAAUUCAUAAAAGAUUAGAAUUAGAAAUUACAACAAGAUAUUUUUAAAUUGGAAUCAUAAAUUUAAAGAGGCAAUAGUACAUAAUUUAUCAGAGAACUAGAAAAUAAAAUUAUUAUGUUAUAAACUUUAAAUGAUAAAUUGAAUCAAGAUAAUAGUUAAUUGUUAAGAAUUAGCGAUAUUAAAGGAUUACGUAAAGAAAAGGAGUAAUAGUAAACUGAAUUAUUGUAGAUGCAAGAAGAAUAUGAUGGAUUGCUAUAAAAAUUGGAACAAUUCAAUUGCGAGAAUCUUUAGGGUUUGGAUUAAUUCAAUGAAUAUACCAAACUCCAAUCCUUAGUACAAGACCUUGAAUCCAAAGUCACAGGCUUAAUCUUAGAAAAUGAAUAAUUGAAUACAAUUUAUUCUGAAUUCUCAGAUUUGGAUUAAGAAGUAUAAUAAUUGCAAUUGGAACUGCAAUCUUAACAAAUCUAAUAUCAGAAAUCAAAGCAUGAUGAAGUUCAGUAUAGAUACAAAUACGAUUCAGCUAUGCAUGAGGAGAAGAUGCAAAAAUAAAAGUUGAAUUCUCAAAGAAAUACUCAUCUAGAUAAACUUAAUGAUAAAAUUAAGUAACUAGAAGGGGAAAAUAAGAAGCUAAAGAAUUUGGUUACAGAUAUCGAUUAUGAUGACGAAAUAAAAGAACUUGAAGAUAGAAUUUCAAUCAUAGGCUAAAAUAAUAGAAAAUUAGAACAUUAGUUAUUAUAAUAAGAAUGA